GUUCUCUCUCUCCAAAAAACCUUUGAAAAAUCUUUGUCCCUUCCUCUCUCUCAGUGAAGUGGUGAACGGUUGCCAUGAGCUCCGGAGCUCUCCUCUUCUCUCCAAAUUUCCCCAAAUCCCCACCCGACAUUAUCUCCACCCGGAACAAGCCCAACCGGGCGGGAUCCCUUUUCCGGGUUUGGGUCAAUUCCCCCCAUGGCUCUCUCUUUUUCCGUGUUUUAGUUAGUGAUAGCUCAAGUGAUAGAAGGAGAAGAAGAAGCGGGAAAGUGCUUGCAGACGUAAGAGAAAUCCCCGAAUCGAUAAGAGAACCGGUUAAGCUUGGGGAACGAUUAAAUGAUGUCGUUUUGAAUGAGGAGGAUUUUGACAGUUCGGUUCCUUGGUGGGAGCAGUUCCCCAAGCGUUGGGUUAUAGUUAUUUUGUGUUUCUCAGCCUUCUUGCUGUGCAAUAUGGAUAGGGUAAAUAUGAGCAUUGCUAUACUUCCCAUGUCAGCUGAAUUCAAUUGGAACCCAGCAACUGUUGGUCUAGUACAGUCAUCUUUUUUUUGGGGUUAUCUACUUACUCAGAUUGCUGGUGGCAUAUGGGCAGACACUGUAGGUGGCAAGUCGGUGUUAGGAUUUGGGGUAAUAUGGUGGUCCAUUGCUACAGCUCUUACUCCUGUUGCUGCUAAAAUUGGUUUGCCAUUCCUACUUGUCGUUCGUGCAUUCAUGGGAAUUGGCGAGGGUGUUGCUAUGCCUGCCAUGAAUAAUAUUCUGUCCAGGUGGGUUCCUGUUGCCGAAAGGAGUAGAUCACUAGCAUUGGUGUAUAGUGGAAUGUAUCUUGGCUCAGUUACUGGCCUGGCUUUUUCACCAUUCUUGAUUCAUCAGUUUGGAUGGCCAUCAGUGUUUUACUCCUUCGGUUCUCUAGGGACAGUCUGGUUUGGUUUAUGGCUAAAUAAGGCUCAUAGUUCACCUCUUGAGGAUCCUCAACUUCGGCCCCAGGAGAAGAAGCUUAUUGUUACUAACAAUAUUACCAACAAGCCAGUUAAAACAAUACCUUGGAGGUUAAUCUUGUCGAAACCACCUGUAUUGGCCCUAAUAGUGUCUCAUUUCUGUCACAAUUGGGGAACAUUUAUUCUUUUGACAUGGAUGCCAACAUACUAUAAUCAAGUCCUGAAGUUCAAUCUCACAGAAUCUGGGCUCUUCUGUGUUUUGCCCUGGCUUACAAUGGCUUUUUCUGCGAAUCUUGGAGGGUGGAUUGCAGAUACACUUGUAAGCAAAGGUUUAUCCGUGACCACUGUUCGCAAGAUCAUGCAAUCAAUUGGAUUUCUUGGCCCUGCUUUCUUCCUAACUCAGCUGAGCCAUGUCAAUUCUCCUGCUAUGGCUGUUUUGUGUAUGGCAUGCAGUCAGGGAACAGAUGCAUUUUCACAGUCUGGCCUGUAUUCAAAUCAUCAAGAUAUUGCUCCUCGAUAUUCCGGGGUAUUACUUGGUUUAUCCAACACUGCUGGAGUACUGGCAGGGGUGUUUGGAACUGCAGCAACUGGUUACAUUCUGCAACAUGGUUCUUGGGAUGAUGUGUUCAAGGUUUCAGUUGGGCUAUACUUGGUUGGAACUGUGGUUUGGAACCUCUUUUCAACUGGUGAGAAAAUACUGGACUGACUCUCGGAUAUUCAGAUGUUUAGCAUGGGGCAUUCAAGCCCCCACGUGCCUGAGCUAUUUGAGAGAGUUCAAUUGAUUGAAUGAAGACAAAAGAUGAAAAAGCAUGAGUCAAAUUUUGGAGGAAAGGACUUGAGCUAGUGGCCAUAUUUUCUUAAUGCCAGGGAGGGAGACCCAAAAUUUGAAAUCCAAAAUUGUCAAUGGCUCUAAUAUUGCAAUUGUUGCAAGAGGUCUCGUUGGAGGAAGAAUUUAUUUGUAUGGUAAACACACCACAGCCUGUAAUCCUGUAAAUGCUAUAUUUAAUCCUUAACAAAUCAGUUUGUAAUUUCAUUGCCUUUUUUC